UGGCGAGGUGGGCGGCAAACAUCAGUGCAGCGUGUAGAGCUGAAAAACAGGCGAGUUAACUCAUAAAUGCAAAGCUAUUCUCAAACGCGGACACGUCUGGGAUGGCAACUUCACUUCUAGGGGAAGAGCCAAAGUUUGGAUCCACUCCUCUAGCCAUGCUGGCCGCCACCUGUAACAAAAUCGGGAGCGCGAGCCCCUCGCCGGCGCUCUCGGACGGCACGGCGUUCGCCAAAGGCUUCCAUCCGUGGAGACGCAGCGGCGCUGGAGGCGGCUGCGGUGCUGGAGGCGUCGGCCUCGCGGCUGGCUUGGUGCGCGCGGACUCCUCUUCCUCCUCCUCCUCGUCGCCGUUCAUCGCGAGCGGCUCUCCCGCCGCGUCCAGCGCCUUCUCCCUGACCGCGAGCACCGGCGGCGUCGUCGGAGGCGCGUCGGCGAGCCCCUUCGCCAACGACUACUCGGCGUUCCAGACGUCGUCAGUGUCUUCGAGCGCGAGCUCGCCGGAACCCGCCUUCCACCUCUCCAAGGUGCACGCGCCUGUGGACGGCCUGCAGGGGAUCUACCCGCGCAUGAGCGUGGCGCACCCGUACGACUCUUGGUUCAAGUCGGCGCAGAUGGGGGACGCGGUCGGCGGCGCGUGCGCUGGAGCGAGCGCGGCCGGAGCGGCGGCGUGGUGGGACGUGGGUCCGGCGACGUGGAUCGACGUGCAGGGCGCGAGCGGCGCCGCCUCGGCGCUCCAGACGUCGCUGCACCAUUCGCCGCUGGGCGCCUACGGCUCGGACUACACGGCCUUGGGUCACGCGGCAUUCGGCACCGGCCCGUCGCCGCCGCCGCACCUUCUGGCCGGCGGGCAGCACGUGAUGGACGGAUUCAAAACUGUGCUUCCGGCCUCGUACCCAGACACGAGCGCCGCUGCCGCGAGCGCGUCGCCCGCGCUCCCGCUGGCCGGUUCGCCGCGCUCGUCCGCGCGCCGCUACUCGGGCCGGGCCACGUGCGACUGCCCUAACUGCCAGGAGGCCGAGCGGCUGGGGCCGGCAGGCGCGAGCCUGCGCCGCAAGGGCCUGCACAGCUGCCACAUCCCGGGCUGUGGCAAAGUCUACGGCAAGACGUCGCACCUCAAGGCGCACCUGCGCUGGCACACGGGCGAGCGGCCCUUCGUGUGCAACUGGCUGUUCUGCGGCAAACGCUUCACGCGCUCCGACGAGCUGCAGCGGCACCUGCGCACGCACACCGGCGAGAAGCGCUUCGCGUGCCCCGUGUGCGGCAAGCGCUUCAUGCGCAGCGACCACCUCAGCAAGCACGUGAAGACGCACAGCGCGGGCGGCGCCGAGGCCGGAGCUCAGGGCGGCGCGUGCAAGAAGGGCAGCGACAGCGAGAGCGAGCAGAGCGCGCCGGGCAGCCCCGCGUGCCGCAGCCCCGAGCACGCGGGCACCGUGAACGGCCACGGCUCCACCAUCAGCAGGACUGCGUAAAGAGAGAGAGAGAGAGAGAGAGAGAGAGAGAGAGAGAGAGAGAGAAACAUUGCACAUGGAAAACGGACACGAGCGCCGGGAGACGCGCAGCAAAACCCACACUGAUGAAUCCCGCGGUGCUGAACGGACAAUAUCGGAGUGAAUGGUGUUAAAUUCACUACAGUUCAGAUUGCUGGACUUGACUGAAUUCAUUCUUUAAGUGCUGAAUUCGCUCUAAAAGUGUUCAGUAUUUCCGUUUAAUGUGUUGCAUCAACAAUUCAAAGUGCUAAAUUAACUCAGACAGAGCUGUACAAACAAAAGUGCUAUUAAUCUUUAAAUGUUUAAUGUUGGACUUAACGCACAAAAAUGGGUUGCAUAAACUCUUAACGUGCUGAAUUAUCCCUCAAAUACUGAAUUAAUACUUAAAAUGUUGAAUAAACACAAACAGUCGAGUUGUAUAAACUCUUAAAGUGCUGAAUUGUCUUUUAAAGUUUUAAAUUAAUACUUAAAACCUUUAAUUUACGCUUAAAAUGCUAAAUAAACAGCCCCUAAAGUGCUGAAUUAUCACUUAGAUAUUUAAUUAAUACUUAAAAUGUUUAAUUUAGGCUUCAAAUGUUGAAUAAACACAAACAGUCGAAUUGUAUAAACUCUUAAAGUGCUGAAUUAAUACUUAAAAUGUUUAAUUUACGCUUAAGAUGUUGAAUAAACACAAACAGUCCAGUUGUAUAAACUCAGUGUUAUUAUCCCGUACAGUGCUGAGUUGAUCCUUAAAAUGUUUAAUUUUACGCUUAAAAUAUUAAAAUUAACCCACAAAAUGGGUAGCAUAAACUCUUAAAGUGCUGAACUAUCACUCAGAUACUAAAUUACUACUUAAAAUGUUUAAUUUACCUUUAAAAUGUUUAAUAAAUACAAACAAUCGAGUUGUGCAAACCCUUAAAGUGCUGAAUUAUCACUGAGUUAAUGCUUAAAUGUUUCAUUUUAUGCUUAAAACGUUGAAUUAAUACAAACGGAGUUACCUAAAGGCCUGAAUGUUCAGUCACAGUACUGAUAUAAUAUUUAAAAUGUUUAAUUUUACGCUUAACAUUUGAGUUGCAUAAACUCUUAAAGUGCUGAAUUAUGACUUACAGUGCUGAAUUAAUACGUAAACACUUUAAUGUGACGCGCAAAAUAUUGAACUAACACACAAAACACGAGUUGCAUAAACCUUUACAGUGUUGAAUUAUGACUCACAGUGCCGAAUGAACACAAACGGAGUUGGAUCAACUCCUGAAUUAUCACUUUCAGUGAUUAUUUUAAGCUUAAAGCGUUGCAUUCACUCAGCGUGUUCGUAACUGGGGCGACUAUGAAGGCUGUAGAUAUUAGUUCAGCACUUUCAGCGCUUUCAGAGCGAAUUCAGCGCUGCCGGUUCUCAUGAAUCCACAGUGUACGUGUUAAUGCAACACGGCGAGUGUUCACUCCGCUCUGUGCAGUGAAAGAGGGACAAUUUGUAACAUUCCUACAUAAACGAGCUCCUACAGUCCGUCUCCAGCUGUGGAGUGAACUUUGGGGAUUUGUCUGCGCGCUGGAACAAAGGAAAAGUGGUUUGGGACUCUCUCCGCGUUAAAGCAAAGGCUGUGGUCAGUUCCUGUGGAAAGGUACGAAACGUGUGACGUGACUAGGGAAAGAAAGUUCACGUUAAAGGGCAAUUCCACCAUUUUUUUUUAAGUUUCUGUAUAGUUAAUUCACUGAGAUGUAAACAAAGUUAUUCAAAGUACUUUGGACUGUGGAGAAACUUUUCUUUACAGUGGUGCUGAUGGGAACCAGGGGUCGCCAUGACUACAACACAAACAUAGCUAUUUAUUUACUAUCCAAAACCAUCAGUGAGCCUACACGUGAGUUUUUUUAAUGUUGGUGAUGAUAAAAGGGUAUUAAAUCCGGAAAGAUUUCAUUUCUUUGGGGACUAUUUUACCUCACAGUGUAUCCCUCCGCCACGAACGGCUUUUAAAAAUAUGCCUUUUAGGCUAAAUCUUUACUAUCUGAAAACAGUGUCUUAGGCAUCAAGCAUACAAUGUAGGGACUUUCUAUGAGGGAGCUUUUAGAGGUGGACGUCUGGUUCCUAUCACGACCGGUGUGGGCAGUUCUGACUCAGUUUCUCUAGACCAGAGCAUUUCAC